AUGGCAUCAAUGAGAAAGAACAUCCUGAGCGUCGCCACAAAAGCCAAACCGGUAACAACAUUCACCACUGGUCGGACCUUUGCAUCGACAGCAACCAGACUCAACACCAUUCCAUUCGAAGUCGUAGGAGAAGGCUCAGGAGUAGCCCAGAAAGUCCAAGUCGCAAGCAGCAGCCACGUCAUCAACACGGACGCCUACCCAGCUUUCGGCGGCAAGGAUUCGUAUCCAUCACCACUGCACUUCAAUCUGGCAGCACUAUCUUCUUGUACCCAGGUGACUGGAUCUAUCGUGGCCAGGGAUCUAGGAAUCAACAUCAGCAAAUGGAACGUCUCGGUCAAGGGAGACCUCAAUCCUUCGGUAUUGGUCGAAGGUGUGGAGGGCAAUGCCAACUGGUCGGCUAUCACGUUGACUGCACAGAUUGAAAGUGAUGCGGAUGAUGCCAAAUUUGCGGAAUUUGGGAGAGAGACGGAGCGGAGAUGUCCUGUGACUCAGCUUUUCAAACGAAGUGGCGUGGAGUGGAAAAGUAGUUGGAAGAAUUCGACGGCGUGA